GCGCCACAGACACAAGUCUUGAAGCUCUGUCCUGGGAAAAUAUGGCAAACAGUGCCUCUCCUGAACAGAAUCAAAAUCACUGUUCAGUCAUCAACAACAGCAUCCCACUGAUGCAGGGCAACCUCCCCACUCUGACCUUGUCUGGAAAGAUCCGAGUGACGGUUACUUUCUUCCUUUUUCUACUCUCUGCGACCUUUAAUGCUUCUUUCCUGUUGAAACUUCAGAAGUGGACACAGAAGAAAGAGAAAGGGAAAAAGCUGUCAAGAAUGAAGCUGCUCUUGAAACAUCUGACCUUAGCCAACCUGUUGGAGACUCUGAUUGUCAUGCCACUGGAUGGGAUGUGGAACAUUACAGUCCAAUGGUAUGCUGGAGAGUUCCUCUGCAAAGUUCUCAGUUAUCUAAAGCUUUUCUCCAUGUAUGCCCCAGCUUUCAUGAUGGUGGUGAUCAGUCUGGACCGCUCCCUGGCUAUCACGAGGCCCCUAGCUUUGAAAAGCAGCAGCAAGCUCGGACAGUCCAUGGUUGGCCUGGCCUGGAUCCUCAGUAGUGUCUUUGCAGGACCACAGUUAUACAUCUUCAGGAUGAUUCAUCUAGCAGACAGCUCCGGACAGACAAAAGUUUUCUCUCAAUGUGUAACACACUGCAGUUUUCCACAAUGGUGGCAUCAAGCAUUUUAUAACUUUUUCACCUUCAGCUGCCUCUUCAUCAUCCCUCUUCUCAUCAUGCUGAUCUGCAAUGCAAAAAUCAUCUUCACCCUGACACGGGUCCUUCAUCAGGAUCCCCACAAACUACAACUGAAUCAGUCCAAGAACAAUAUACCAAGAGCACGGCUGAAGACUCUAAAAAUGACAGUUGCAUUUGCCACUUCAUUCACUGUCUGCUGGACUCCCUACUAUGUCCUAGGAAUCUGGUAUUGGUUUGAUCCUGAAAUGUUAAACAGGGUGUCAGACCCAGUAAAUCACUUCUUCUUUCUCUUUGCCUUUUUAAACCCAUGCUUUGAUCCACUUAUCUAUGGAUAUUUUUCUCUGUGAUUGAUAGACUACACAAGAAGUCAUAUGAAGAAGGGUAAAGUCAUGAAUCUCUCCAUCUGGGAAUAUCAACACAAAUGUUAGAGCAUGUUUACAUACAAACAAAGCAGGAUUUACACUUAAGUUGUCAUUCUUUUAGAACCUCCAUUUUCAGAGCCUCAAUUAUUAAGGAAAAAUCUUCAGGAAAAAUGCUAAAAUAUUUUCUUGUCAUCAUCAACUUCUAAAUUAAUCUCUGCCUUUUCUGACCUCAUAUAACACAUUAUGUAGGUUUCUUAUCACUUUCUCUUCACAUAAUAAUGUACAAAUAUUUAAAAUACCUGCAGCCUAAGGCACAAGAAUGCCAAAAAAUCAAAGGCGAGAAACCACAACACAGGUCUAAACUCAGCAUGCUUUGGUGAGUUUUUCUCCAAAAGGGGCAUAUUAGCAAUUAGAGUUUUAUGCUAUAUAGUACAUAGAGCACAGAGCCCCUUGCCCAUAAGAUCAACUUUCCCUCCUGCAGUUAAAACGAAAAAAAAAAAAAAACAAAUGGAUCUGUUUUUCUCUUUGGCUUCAAAAGCAUUCCGACCUUUGGAGGAGUCAGUCACCAACCCCACCAACCACUCCACCAACCUGAUAAGACCAUGAGUAGUUCUCCUUCAUCCUAUUUAUGUGGUACAGGUUGUGAAGUGCCUCUAUAUAAAGGGAAAUUUUAGAGGGGUUAGGAUUUGGACAGGGGUUUAGAACAUUCCUCUCUAGGCUGUAUAGUCUAUGGAGUUUGUGGCAAUUAACUGCCGUAAAAUAACAAUGUUUCCAAAUUCAACUAAGAAAAUACUCAUACUGAGUAUGCUCUAUGCAUAAUACGCCCUCUAUUUUAAUAAUGUGAAGAAUUUUUUGUCUAUCCCUUGAUCUCACUAAAUCCAUAUUUCGUAAAUAACUGAGAAAAAUGAAAACAAAAUUAAGCAAAUGCACAAGCAAAAAGAUGCUUGAUACAUAAAAGGAACUCUGGAGAGAAAACUACAGCUUCAGUCUGUACAGAUCAAAGAAGACAGAGCGUGUUGGGGGAAGGAGGGAAAGAUCUUGAUGCAGGGUUUCUUAACCUACAGUCUAUGCACAACACUAUAUUUCCAUGUAAUAUUUUUAUUUCCCUCCUAUUUGUAUUAUUUUGUGCAUUUAAAAAACACAAUCUUAAGGGGAUAGACUAGACUGCCACAGCAGCCCGUGGCACAACUAACACCUACUGAUAUUCACAUUGAAUAGUAUGGUUUCCAAAAUAUGUCUGCACAACAAGACCUCUUUAUAUAAUUCAGGCUUGUGUCUAUUUCUUCUAUGAAAAAUGGGAAGGGAUGAAAAUAAUGGGAGUAUAAUACCCAUUUAAUGUGAAAAACAUGAUAAGAGUCUUAAAAGAAAUUAAGCUAUUCAACAUUUUUAAAAUAGGUAAGAUACUAUCAUAUUUACAUGAGCUAUGUAGUGCCACACAAAAGAUGAAAUGUAAUUUCUAAAUACUCCAGGUGUGUGGUAUUGUGGAAAGUAAAUUGCCAACUAAUGGUAAGUCCUUUCUUUCUUUGAUUUUCUCCUCUCAUACUUCAGUUUUACAGUGUUGAGUUGUUGUUUGUUUCACAUCCUACCUUAUUUUCCAUUCUGUCUCAAUUGAACUCCCUCUGCGUACUCACUCUUUCAUUCAUAGCUUCUUUUUCAUUAAACUCGUACCUUUAAUUAACCAAUUCAUGGUCCAGUUCUACAGUUGAAUUGGACAAGGCUAAAAUUCUGUAGUGUGCUAAAAUGCUCAAAGUUGGCAUGUAUACUCAUUCUAAGAUUUUAUAGUUCUUGUAGAUAACACAGGGAUGUAAAUAAGUUGAAACAAAACCAAUGUUCUCUAAGUCUCUAUCAUAUACGUUUUCCUUAACUGAUAAUUCUUACUUCUGGGAUUUAAAAGCAAAAAUAACACACUUGUACAGAUACAGUCUAAGGGCUUUAUCACACACAAGUUUAAUGAAUGUAUCUCAGCUUGGUUCUUCUUGUGUGCUCAUGGAUCUCUCUUAGGAAUUGCCUCGAGCAUAUUUUUUUACACAUUAACUGAAGGGCUAUUCAAAAUCUUGACUCAGGGGUUCUUAACCUACAUUCCAUGCAAAAAUAUAUAUAUAUACACACACACACACAUAUA